AUGGGGCAAAGAUUGCUGAGAUUUGGAAAUCAGUAUCAGAAACCAGAACAAAUUUUGUUGCUACACAAUCAAUUACCUUUGGUGAAUCAUAUAUUACAGAAGCAAAUUGAAGAAAUCUUAGACAGUCAACCAUGGUAG